CACGUGAGACUAAACCCCUUGACGUUAUGGCCAGCAAACUCGCUCUGCAGUGCCAAUGUCGAUCCCGGUCAUCGCGCCUUGGAGGGGGGCCGCAGCGCCCUGCCUGUGCACGCCUCAAUGCAGACACCUGAAGACCUUUGCGAUACUCAACCGCGAGAGAUCCCUCAAUCAACUCGAGCACCUGAUUCGGGUUUGCACGCCCAAUGCAUGUCAACAAACCCUCACGGGCUUCCAUCAAGCCCUUCUUUGGCUUUCUCCAUCUCCUCUUCUACGCGGAUCCGACAUGGCUGGACAAGCUCCUCAUCGGCGUCGGGGUCAUAGCAGCCAUCGCCGCAGGCAUACCAUUUCCACUCAUAGGAAUUGUAUUCGGCCAACUGGUCGAUGAGAUCAACGACGCGACAUGCAGCAAUCGAUCGGGCGCCUCAAAGGGGGGAGGAGAGGCUUCAAUCACCCCGAAGAUUCUACUGCUUGUCUACAUCGCUAUUGGUAGCUUUGCCUGCAUCUACAUACACCUUGUAUGCUGGAACUUGGCAUCACAGCGGCUAGCCCAACGCGUCCGAGACCGCUAUCUGAGAAACCUCCUUCGACAGGAUAUGGCCUUUUUCGACAACCUCCAGGCAGGAGAAGUAUCAUCUCGCCUCAAUGGCGACAUCCAGGCCAUCGAGAGUGGUACUUCGGAGAAGGUUGGCGUCGCCCUGACCUGCGUCUCCUUCUGCGUGACGGCAUACAUCGUCGGCUUUAUCAAAGACGCUCAUCUGGCCGGCAUGCUAGUAUCCUUAAUUCCUGCCUUCCUGCUCAUGGCAAUAAUUGGCGGCCACUUCGUUGGCAAGUAUAGCGCAAAGCUGUCCUCAUCUUUUGGAUCGGCUAGCGCUAUUGCAUCAGAGUCUCUAAGUCACGUUGGUCUUGUGCAUGCUCUUGGGGCCAGUGCCAGGCUAGAGGAGAAGUUCAGGGCCCAUCUUGGGGACGCUCGUGCUCAGGGUAUCAAAAAGGCCACGACAGCGGCGGUGCAAGCUGGAUUACUUUAUUUCAUUGCUUUCUCUUCUAGUGCCUUGGGAUACUGGCAAGGUAGCCGCAAGGUUGCUGACGCAGUCGAGGGCAAAGGCAAUGCUUCUAUCGGACAGAUAUACACAGUCACGUUCAUCCUUCUCGAUGGUGCUAUUGUAUUGAGCCAGGUUGCACCAAUGCUACCUCUCUUUGGAGCAGCGGUAUCCGCAUUCGAGCGGCUUCGGAAGGACAUCGAAACUCAGCCAACUAUCAACGAUAGUGAAGUUUCUAGCGAGAAGACGUCUACCGUUAAUGGCGCCAUCGAGUUUCGCGAUGUUUCCUUUACGUAUCCAUCGAGACUUGAUCAUCCCGUCCUGAACAACGUCUCUUUGAAAUGCGAAGCUGGUCAACUGACUGCAAUCGUUGGUCUUUCCGGGAGCGGAAAAUCUACCAUUGCUAGUCUCAUCACCCGGUUUUACGAUCCCCAGGGCGGAGACGUGUUGCUCGAUGGACGCAACAUCAAGGACUUCAACAUCAAAAACCUACGAGGCUUCAUCAGCCUGGUGCAGCAGGAACCCUCACUUCUUGACCGAUCUAUCCUAGAGAACAUUGCGUUGGGUCUAGUUAAUUCCCCACCUCACUCGCAUCUGGAGAAGACUCUGCUCAGCGGCAUAUUAGCCAAGCUUGCUGAAGACAUCAGAGGUGGGCAAGACCUUCUCAAGUCUGCAGAGAAAGCUGGACCGGAGGUAGUCGAGAUCGUUCAAUUGGUCCAACAUGCCGCAGAUCUUGCUGACGUUGCUAUUUUCAUUGAUCGAUUAGAGUUCGGCUUUGCUACUCUCGUUGGGUCAAGCGGUAGUUUGGUCAGUGGCGGUCAAAAACAACGAAUCGCCCUUGCUCGUGCUCUUGUUCGCGAUCCCAAGAUCCUCAUUCUCGACGAGGCUACUGCAGCUCUCGACUCGGCAAGUGAGCAACGCAUUCAAGCCGCAAUCGAGCGAGCAUCUCAAGGACGGACUGUUAUUUCCAUUGCUCAUCGACUAUCCACCAUCCGAAGUGCCUCCCGAAUCGUUGUCUUGAAGAAGGGCGAUAUUAUUGAACAGGGUACGCAUGAUCAGCUUAUGGCUCAAGAUGGCUCGUACGCAGAUAUGAUUCGAUUGCAAACCGUCAAAGCCGCAGACGACGGCGCAUCUAGUUCCAGGACCAGCCUAGACUCCCAUGAGAUUGACAAGGUCUCCGACGAGAAGCAAGCCUUGACUGCGCCAGAAGCAGAUAUCCCUUCCCCGGAUGAGGCACAAGGAUCAAAGCUGCCUGAGCAGUCGAAGGGCGAGAUUAUUGCGGGUUCAAUCUUCAAGACAAUGGGACCUUUGAUGCGACCGUAUCUGCUUCUGAUUUUCCUGGCUUUCUUUGCGGCUCUGAUUGUCGGCGGACAGUAUUCUGGCUCUGGUCUCCUUUUCGGAAAUAUCAUGGGCACCAUGUCACCUUGUAACCCACCGGAUUUCAUUCGAUCAAGAGGAAAGCUGCUCUCUGGGAUGUGGUUUCUGCUUGCUUGCAUCGAAUUCUUUGCCAACUUCACGAGCUGGGCAGUGUUCGGACUCAUAUCUGAGCGACUGAUAUACAAAGUGCGUAACCUUUCGCUGCAAUCGCUCCUUCAACAGCCAUUGCAGUGGCACGAAUCUGAAGGCAGAAGUCCAUCGCAGCUUCUCGAGUUCAUUACCAAGGAUGGCAACUCGCUAGCCGGAUUCAGCGGCUCCAUCGUCGGCACCUUGUUUUCCGUCGUCGUCAAUUUUAUCGCUGCCAUCGUGCUUUCCCAUAUUGUCGCUUGGAGGAUCGCAAUCGUAUGUCUGGUAAUUGUCCCACUACUGUUGGGAGCCGGGUACAUGCAGCUCCGUGCUAUUUCACGCUUCACCGUCAAGCACGCCGGCGCCUUUUCAUCCUCAAUUGGAGUUACCAUCGAAGCUGUCUCCAACAUCAAGACCGUUCACGCUUUGUCUAUCGAAGAUGAAAUCUUGCAGACGUAUCGCCGCUCGCUGAGAGCUCCACGCAAGGAAAUGGUGCGGCAGAGUUUCAAGACCAAUGUCUGGCUAGCAAUCGCCAAUUCUUGCGGUGGGUUCAUUUACGCGUUCGCCUACUGGUGGGGCUCGAAGAAUAUCAUCGAGGGAAGAUACGCCCAGACUGAGUUCUUCAUCAUCCUCAUCUCUAUGCUUGUCUCUGCGCAGCUGUGGGGACAGCUCUUCACCUUAGCACCAGAGAUCUCCAAGGCUAAGGGCGCUAUCUCACGCAUAUGCGGACUGAUCAAUCUGGGUACGAACACUUCGACAACGCCCGGCAGACUAUCUCCCAAUCUUGACUUCGAUGAGAAGGAGAAGCAGGACAUCGAAGCUUCGGCCGACUCAACUUCGCCCAUUUCCACGCAAGGCGGCGCUAGCAUUGUGUUCCGCGACGUGAAAUUCUCGUACCCUGCACGACCUGGCAUUCCGGUGCUCACAUCCUUGUCGCUCUCGAUCCAACCUGGGCAGUUUUGUGCGUUGGUCGGUCCUUCGGGUGCCGGCAAGAGUACAGUUCUCGCUCUACUGGAGCGAUUCUAUUCACCCUCGAGUGGUAGCAUUUCUAUCAAUGGGUUCGAUAUUUCCCGCCAUCAUGGAACAACCUUUCGCGAUGAUAUCGCAUACGUACCACAAGACAACGUACUUUUCCAAGGAAGCAUCAAGUUCAAUAUCUCACUAGGAGCAAGGCCGGGCUAUAAUCCAUCGGACGAAGAGAUACACGAGGCCUGCAAGCUGGCAAAUAUCCAUGAGACCAUCAUCGAUCUGCCCCAAGGCUACGAUACCGAGUGCGGAUCCAAUGGCAAUCAAUUAUCUGGCGGGCAGAGGCAACGCCUCUCCAUAGCUCGUGCGCUUGUACGCAAGCCGAAGCUGUUACUCUUAGACGAGAGUACAAGCGCGCUUGACGCAGAAAGCGAAAAGGCCCUUGAACUUGGUCUUGAACGAGCUGUCAAGGGUCAUGGCGUCACAGUCAUUGCAAUUGCCCACCGACUGCGGACCAUCGCUAGAGCCGAUAUAAUAUUUUUGGUGGAGGGAGGCAAGGUAGUCGACCAGGGACGACAUGAGGAACUGGUACAGCGGAGUGAGAGCUACCGUGUAAACGCUCUACACCAGAUGCUGGGUUAAGGUUUGUUCUGCAUAGUACAUAGUAAUGUUUGUAUCAUAAGACUUCGGUUCGACGAAAGCUCUACAUUAUUUAGCAACUGACCCUGUCC